AUGAAAGGAGAAGCACAACUGAUGAAAGGAGGACGAGAGAAUUUUCGAAUAGGAUUCGGACGAGGACUGAAUCGGGAUGAGCCAGCGACAAGGCGAGCAUUUGAUGGCUGCAAGAACAUCAUCCAAGAGCGGCAGGCCAAGACUGUGAUAUGGGACGGGGACAACUGGGAGAAUGGAGGGUUUACAUCUGUAAUACCAGAGCUCGUCAAAGAGCAAGACGUCUUGUUAGUCGCUGUCUUGUACGAGGAGGAUCAAGAUCGGUUUCUUGAUUCAUGGGGAGAUGUGAUAGAGGAUAAGUCGAUGAUGGCCUUGGUGCUCGUGCCAGCUGAAGAUCGAGCAAUCGAAUUGCAGUUAGACAAAUAUGUUGACCUGGGCCUGUAUGGAAUUUUCAUGUCACAGUCGACUUGCAUCCUUUGUUUGGGAUGCGGUAAGGUCGUGCAGGAAGAGAUUGUCAACAUGGAAAGAUACAUGUUGUUCAAGAUGACUGGACAAGAGCCGAUUGAUUCCAAGCUGAAGGUGGAAUGGAAAGUCUUUCCGCUGACAAGAAUGGUUGGGGAGCAACUUCAACAAUCAUUCGUGCCACGAUCUCACAAAGUUGACAUCAUGGAGAUCGCAUUAGGAUGA